GUGACAUCUGCUCCAUAUCUCUUUGUCCGGCUUUCAUUCUAGCUCCUUAUAUUGUUUGGGCUGCUUGUUCAUUUUGUUCUUUUCGGAUUAUAGCGUUUUCAGUCUGUUUGAAUAUGCCUAUCUAGAAUAGAUAUCCUCCGUUGUCUUGGUUACGGUGUUUAUCAACAACAUAAGCCUGUCUGUUGCUGCAUUCAAGCCAGCACAUUUUGACCGUGGAUAUCUGCCUGGGUUUGGGCAACGAUAUAUUUUGAAAUAUCUAUGACUCGAAUGCUUUAAUUAUUUACAAAGCACAUAACGAUUGCACGAUGGCACGAAACAUUGAUUUCAACGCGCUGAGAGCGCAAACGAUGGGAUCAGGCAACGACGAAGAAGCCGUCACAGUUGACACCCGAGGUUUAAUAUCCAAGGUUCUUGCUCGUUAUUCAGGGAAAUGGACUGUUUUGCGGGAGAUGAUUCAAAAUGCCGCUGACGCCAAUGCCACGAAAGUUACCAUCAAAUUUGAAACGAUGCCAUCUACGACUGUGCCUUUGCCAUCGGCCGCCGACCAAACAACAUUAAUCAAGCACACCAUCUCACAUCAUACCCUCAAACGUCUGUUGAUAUCCAAUAAUGGUACUCCAUUUAGCGAGAAGGACUGGGCUAGGCUCAAGCGCAUUGCGGAUGGCAACCCUGAUGAGACAAAAAUCGGAGCAUUUGGUGUUGGCUUCUACAGUGUCUUUGACGACUGUGAGGAACCGUUUGUGUCUUCUGGGAAAGAGGCCAUGGCUUUCUAUUGGAAAGGGAAUGCGCUUUUUACCCGCCGGUUGCAGUUGAAUGAAGCUGCAAAUCCAGAAACAACAUUUGUCCUGGAUUAUCGCAAUGAUUCAUCACCAGUUCCGUCAUUGAUGCAACUCUGUCAGUUCUUAUCGAGCAGCCUUACUUUUGUCAGUCUUGAAAAUAUAGAACUUUGGUUAGAUGACUGGAACCUCUUGCGACUUACGAAAAAGACAGCUCCAAGUGUCAAUCUUUCAAUCCCUCGAGACAUCGAGACAAGAACAGCUGAUAGCCUUAUGAAAAUCUUGAGCAUCACCCGAGAAGUCGCACAAGUUGAUGCGGCUUGGAUGCGCGCUGUUGAGUGGAAUCCACAGGCAAGCAUAUUUCGCUUGGAUGGGUUCAGGGAUACAACGGGCUCCUUACGUUCGUUCUUUUCAAGACUUACGGGCCAGGGUAGUUCAGAAAAACAAGAAAAUCCCGAGAAACAGGAUAAUUCCAGUGAUUCCGAAGACAUGGCCAAGGUUUCAACGGCAUCGGUUUUCCUACAUAUAAACACUGCAUCUAUCCAGUCCUCGAUCAGCCAGUCCUUGAGUAAGGAACUUGAAAGAGCUACACGCAAACCGCCACCGAAAAAAACGACUAUCGCUAUACUGACGCCUUCUUACGACACGAGUAUAAUAUCAGGAGACUCGGCAGCGAAAUCCGAGAUACUCGCCUCUAUUCUGCCUUCCAAAGCUGGGAGAAUUUUCAUUGGAUUUCCUACGCAGCAAACUACGGGUCUGAAUGCCCAUAUAUCCGCGCCCUCCGUCAUUCCCACGGUUGAAAGAGAAAGCAUUGAUCUCAACACUCGGUACAUAAGUAAAUGGAACAUUGAGAUGCUGAGAGCAGCAGGAAUCAUUUGUCGAGUUGCUUGGUCGGCGGAGAUGGCGUCGAUAAAGUCCAGGAUAUUGCCUCGGGGAGAGACAUCACGCUCGUCUAAGAUCCGAAAGGAUAAUAUAGUGGGGGUGCUUCCUGAGGCGAUUCACACUGCAAAUCAAUUCGUGUUUUGCGAAUCUACACCUUCUUCAAUUCUGGGGCAAACAAUCGAAGAUGCAUUCUGGAUGUGCAAUAAGAAUGCGUCUAUUGAAGUGCUAUCCACAUGUGGCAUUAUCCAGAGCCAUCAGGCCCGGAUAGCUCCCAAGGAUCUAAGCUUCAUGGAUUCAAUUCCGGUCCUACCCGAUGAAUUCGUGUCGGGUGCAAAGGAUUUCGUCAAAAGGCUCAUAGACUUUGGGUUGGUGACCGACAUAACUGUUUCGGAUAUCAAACGGGAGCUCGAAGCUAGCACCCUUCGUUCCAAUCAGGUUGUCGAAUUCAUCUCCUGGUUGAGUAGAAGAGCUGCUUCGAGCCAACUUGAUGCGUUUUCGGUUCAAAGUAUUCUGAGUGUCGCCGUGGCAAACGAUGAAGAUAAGGACGGUAAUCCAACUCGAUUAAUUGUGUUUGCCGACAUAACUACCUUUCUGAAUCCCCAACGGAUACCUGCUGACUUGCCGCUACCCUUAUCUGUUUUGCCCUUUAAAUUCACCAAGACCAUGGGGAAACAUGAGCUCGAAGCCCUGGGAUGGGCAGAAAUACAGAUUGUACCCUGGAUACGCUGGCUCAUAAACAACGCCGGUAACCGAAACACUCUUCCAGAAGAACAAGAUAUAACAAAAACACCAUCAUUUUCCGCCCAAGUAUUGCCAGUUUUAUCAAAGCAAUGGGAAAGCUUCAGUCAGCCUUCGAAACAAACCUUGGUCAGCUUGCUACAACCACAGACGGUUAUUCCUACCAAGCUUGGAAUGAAAAAGCCUGCGGAUACAUACUUUGCCUCUGUGCGCUUGUUUAAAGAUCUUCCCGUGGUACAUGGUCUCAAUAGUGUCAAAGAGAAGUUUUUAAUGGCCCUUGGUGUCCGUAAAACAGUGGAGCUCGGGGUCAUCUUUGAACGUCUUUUGGAGACCACUCAGCCUACCGCCGCUGAAGGUAGCGGUAAUGACCAGAAAAGAUGGAGCCAUGUGGACUUGAUCCGUUACCUCGCCUCCGUUCGAGAUGAUAUUCCUGCAAAUGAUAUCAAAAGGCUCAAAGGGGCCAGUAUAUGUACAGCUGAAAUGAAUAGCGACUCAAAAUCAGCUCAGAGGAGACGCUACAGAAUAUCCGAACUAUUUGAACCGAAAGAUUCUCUAAGAAACCUUGGGCUUCCUAUUAUUGAGUGGCCUGGAAAAUACCAAUCCAGCAGUAAUGAGGGUAAGUUCCUCGCCAUGUUAGGUCUGAGGAGCUACCCAUCAGCGCCAGAGCUCAUACAAAUUAUGGCAAAUAUCACAACGGAAAAAAACCGGGUCUUCCAUACAAGAGCUAUGUUAUAUUAUAUUGGUGAAUACCAUACCAACGGCUAUGCUGCGUUUGAUUGCAGUGCAAUGAAUAUCCCAUUCCUGCCUAUAGAAGGGUCUGAUGUUUUCAGUGUUCCGGGCAAGUGCUUCACGGACGAAAAUGCUACUUUGUUUGGUUUCCAGAUUCUUCGACGGGACCUUCAUCCUCACUCUUCCAAGUUGGGGGUAAGGCAGCAUCCCGCUCUAACAGAUUGUCUCGAAUACUUGAUUCGCCAACCACCCGCUACAAAGCGAGACGCCGGGGUUCUUUUCAAGUACCUCGCUGGAAGGGUAUCGGAGCUCAGUGCACGAGAUAUAGACCGUGUCGGUAGCGCGAAAAUUGUGCCUGUUGAAACAAAGGACACGGCUGAGACGGGCCAGUCUACUCGUCGUGUGGCACCCAAACUUUGCUACUUAGGGGAAGGUGAAGACUACAAAGACAUAUUCGACUUUGUUGACUUUGGCCAAGAAGCAAAUUUCUUUCUCAUGGCCGUCGGUUCAAAAAGGGAACCGACCAAAACUGAGCUGGCACAUAUGCUAGUGAAAGAGCCUGCAAGGAUAUCCUCUACUUUCCAAAGCGCAGAAAAAUACCUCAAACUUCUCAGGACUCUUUCAGAGCACCUGUCUGCCCUCAAAAGGGACAGGGAACUUUUUAAUGAAAUGAAAAGAGCCCCGUUCCUUCUUGCUAGUCGAGAUAUUUCCUCUCUGGCCCAGGCAAUCCCCAGUAAAGAGAAACUGGCUGGAUCAGAUGAUGAAGAGGACGAGGGCCAAAGCAUUAAAGAGUGGACUUUAACGGCGGCACGAGAUGCGAUUGUGGUGGAUGACUUCCAAAGUUUCAAUCUUUUCAAAGAACAUAUCCUCGCUGCACCCCAAGAGGAGCUUUUAGAGAACUUCUACCUUGCUCUGGGGGCUAUUCCAUUGAGCACGAUUGUGGAGGAACGCGCUCAAUGGGGAAACUUGUGCGCGGAUCAGCGUACCGGAGCGAAACUGCAAAAGUUGGUCAACGAACGUUCAAGGCUCUUCCUUCAUGAUCAAUCCCCAGAUUCGAUCCGGCAUGAUGUCAGAUGGCUAGAGAAAAACCUUGCCGUACAAGUGGUCAAUUCGAUAUCUCUUACACGGUCUCUGAAAGGCCGCCGUAUAUCCCAUACCCAAAAGCGAAGUGCCAUUAUUACCCAGAAACAGUCGCGGGCAUGGGUAUUGUGGAUCUGUCCAGGCAAAAAUGAUCUUUAUGAGAUUAGCCAAGCACUUGUCCACCUUAUCCUUGUCCGACCAAAGCUGCAUUCCACGCUCACGCUGGAGAUGCUGUUGAAGACUGACUUGUUGGAGCUCAAGGCCCGAGGAUACAACGUGGAACGUAUCCUCAAGCAAAAAGCCAAUGAAGCAAGAAUGGCUGAGGACAGGCGUCAGAAGCAGUUAGAAGAGGAAAGGAGGCAGCUUCAGGAGAGAGAAGCUGCAUGGGCAAAGGAACAAGCUCAAACACGGGCGAACACACAACAAGAAGAGGAGAGGUCCUUGAUGCCGGGAGAUUUCCCAGAUUCACCUACUGGCAAGAAAUCUGACCCCCUUAGUCUACAGCCUGAAGAGUCUGAACCUAGCCAGGACCGACGUCCACGCGGGCUCUUCUCCAAUUUGACGAAACGUCUCGGAUUGGAGGGUGCACGGUCAAAUUGGAAUCCCCUUGGCGGAGAAUCUUCUCAAUCUCCUGGCCCUUCGGAGAACACCACUCCUCCUCCUCCUGCGCCACCUUAUUCUGCUGAAGAUCCUCAGAAAACUCGCUCGCAGCAAUCCGAGCCAUCUGUCAACCCUCCACAUCGGCUACAGAACGAGCUGAUUUCAGCAGUCUCAGCCUGUCGACCUCAUGGAUCGUCUGGCCUCUACAGUCGACCGGAAACAAGUCAGGUCACCGAGACAAAGUCCUACUGCGAUGAGAAACCGAGUCACGACUUGGACUUUGUGGCCACCCUUCCUUGUGGCAUCAACGUUCUCUUCGUGAAAACUUUAACAGAUCGAUCUGCCUUCCUUGCGAAGAACAGCACAGCCAUCAACCUAUUCGCCACGAUGCUAAUUGAUUGUGCUGGUGUCUUUUCACUCCGUGUUGAUGCACUCGGCGUGUUCUACGACCCUGGAAGUAAAACGAUAGCAUUCAAUCGAGCCGGUAGCAUCUUCUGCAACUACUUUUACUUUCAACAAUUACACGAGAAAGAGCUUCUCCAGAGCCAGAGCCCCGACAAGACGGAUGCACUGGUAUAUUGGUGGGUCAUCUUGUGCCAUGAAUUGGCUCAUAACCUUGUGGGAGACCAUAGCUCAGCCCACAGCUACUAUACUGAGGGUUUCGUGGCCCAAUAUUUCCCCAAGAUUACGGCGAAGCUUGUUGCGGCAGGCAGGCAAUCACCAGAAUCCAAUUCUCUGAUUUAAUAAUGCUCUAAUGAGUUUGACGACUUGAUUACUUAUUUCGGUUUUCUUAACGUGAUGAAUUCUCAAAUGUUCAAAGAUAUACAGCGUUUAGAUUCCAGGCGCAGUCUGCAUAUGAUGAGCGCAUAUGAUGAGCUCGCAAUGGUAUUAUGUACACGUAUAUAACUUGACGAAUACUAUAUAUCCUAAAUUAAUCCGAGACUCAUGCGAAACAAUGGCACUUAUUCAUGUCGUUUUCCCCAAUGUCGUACUCUCAUUCAUUUACCACUCAGAAAUACCACUAUAAUAGACGCAAACAAUCCAUUAUCCUCACUAUCGCCACAAUCUUUUUGUUCUUUCAAUUGUGGUGGUUCCAGAGGAGAAAAAAA